AUGGCUUCUGCCACCAUAACAUUCCCAAUCGUCAUCACCACUGAGUCUCUAGACUCCCUCCUCUCUCACCAAACUCUGAUAAAUCAUUUCCAAUCUUCACUUCCCCCAGUCUCAGCUUCUCUAUGUUCCCCAAUCCGCCAAAGCUACGACGUUUCACCCUCUUCCUCUCUCCUCCUCAUGCCCUCUUGGUCCUCCUCCCCUUCUCUUCCCUACUUAGGCGUCAAGCUCGUGACCUACUUCCCACAAAAUUCCGCUCUAAACUUACCCGGGGUGUACGCAAGUUACGUGCUUUUCAGCUCCACAACUGGGCAAACCUUGGCCACCAUGGACGGCACCGCACUGACCCUUUACAGGACUUCUUGUGUUUCUGCCUUGGCUUCGAGGAUUUUGUCCAGAAACGACAGCCAAGUCCUGGUGAUGAUCGGUGCAGGUGCUUUGGCACCUCAUUUGAUCAGAGCCCAUCUCGUGGCAAGGCCCAGUUUGAAGAAAGUGAUCAUAUGGAACCGAACAGUGGAAAAGGCCAGAAAUUUGGCUGAGAAAAUGCAAGAAAGUGUGGCAUUUGAAGGGGUCUGUUUCGAGAGCAGUGGAUGCUUGGAUGAGGUGGUUGGGAUGGGGGACAUCGUCAGCUGCGCGACAAAUUCGGAGGUGCCUCUUGUGAAGGGGAAGACGCUGAAGGCAGGGGCGCACUUGGACUUGGUUGGAUCUUUCAAGCACUCAAUGAAGGAGUGUGAUGACGAGGCGAUAAGGAGAGGGAGAGUGUUUGUUGAUAAUGAGGCUGCGUUGGUGGAGGCAGGGGAGCUGGUGGGUGCGUUUGAGAGAGGGGUGAUUGGGAAGGCAGAUGUUUGUGGGAUGCUGGUGGAGUUGAUCAAGGGAGACAAGGCUGGGAGAAUAAGCUGUGAGGAGAUUACUGUGUUCAAGUCAGUCGGUUCUGCAGUUGUGGAUAUCCUUGCAGCACAAUUGGUCUAUGAAACCCACAUGCAGCAAAAUCAGUAA